AUGCUGCAAAGCUGGACAGAAGAGGCAACCAACAGUAAGGGCGGAGGGAUCUCCAAAUGUCCUCAGCAGGCUAGUUAUGAGGACUACUCUGUUAUCUCCCUUUGCAUCGCCAUCUUGCCAUUUGUGCCAAGCACUUUUCUUGAAACAUUUCGCAAAUAUACGCUAUUUUUCUCUCUUUCUUUUUCUUCUUUCUUUCUUUCUUUCUUUUUUCAUUUCCUUCACACCUUCUUUAUUUAUUUAUUUCUCAACAACCUGUUUUAUUUUUUUGCAUUUCUUCUUUCUUUCUUUCCAACUUUUUCUUUCCUUCUUUCUUUCAUUGUUUCUUUCUUUCAUUCUUUUCACCAUAUUCUUUUUUCUUUCCUUCUUUCUUUCUUUCAUUCUUUCUUUCUUACUUACUUUCUUUUUUUCAUUUCCUUCCCACCUUCUUUAUUUAUUUCUCAACAACCUGUUUUAUUUUUGUGCAUUUCUUUCUUUCUUUCUUUCUUUCUUUCUUUCUUUCUUUCUUUCUUUCUUUCUUUCUUUCCACCUUUUUCCUUUCCCUCUUUCUUUCAUUGCUUCUUUCUUUCAUUGCUUCUUUAUUUCAUUCCUUUCACCAUUUUCUUUCUUUCUUUCUUUCUUUCUUUCUUUCUUUCUUUCUUUCUUUCUUUCUUUCUUUCUUUCUUUCUCAGCAACCAGUUCUAA